AUGAAGUCUUUCACUCUUGCUUCUGCCUUCCUCGCCGCUGCGGCCGUUGCCCAGCCUCACGGCAGCCCUCACGGAAACCACCACCGCCGUCACCACCAGAACGACAAGCGUGAUGUCGUCACCGAGGUUGAGUGGGUUACUGAGAUCGAGUACGUUACCAAGAUGGUCGAUGCCACCACCACCGUCUGGGUUCGUCCUGAGGUCGCCACCUCUGCUCCCGUUGUAGAGGAGACUCCCGAGCCUGAGCCUACCUCUGCUGCCCCCAAGAAGGAGGAGAAGAAGCCUGCUCCCGCUCCUACCACUACAUUGGUCACCAGCGUCUACACUCCUCCUCCUCCUCCUCCCCCUCCCACUACCGAGGCUGAGGUUGCCCCCGAGCCUACCACCGAGGCCCCUGCUCCUGUCGAGACUACCCAGGCUCCUGCUCCCAUUAUCAAGGCUCCCGUUAUCAAGGCCCCCAAGAAGGUCAUCACUCAGGCUGCCCCUGAACCUUCCGUUGAGGCUGAGCCCGAGGUCGAGGAGGAGCCCGUUGCUGCCCCCGUUCAGCAGGAGAAGGUUGCUAAGCCCGCUUCCAACGGCGGCUCUUCUUCCAAGUCCGGAGAGUUCACCUACUACGACAUUGGUCAAGGUGCUUGCGGUGAGGACGACUCUGGCAAGGACGACUCGAUCAACAUUGUCGCUCUCUCUCACCUUCGGAUGGGUCCCUCCUCCAACGACAACCCCAUGUGUGGCAAGACCAUUACCAUCAAGGCCAACGGCAAGACCGCCCAGGCUACCGUCAAGGACAAGUGCAUGGGCUGUGCCAUGAACGAUAUCGAUGUCAGCCGCAAGGUCUACAACGAGAUCUGGGGCAGCCUCGACUCUGGCCGCACUGAGGUCGAGUGGUGGUUCAACAACUAA